AUGAAUUUCCUCAUCAAUUUUGGAGUCCUCCUGGGCACUCUUUAUGCUGCUAGGGUUGAAGCCUUCCAUAAUCCCAUCCGUAAACCUGGUCCAGAUCCUUCAGUCGUCUUUGCAAACGGCUUCUAUCAUUUAACAUACACUUCCUAUGAUCACAUAGAGAUUACGCGAUCUAUGACACUGGGAGGUCUGUUGAAUGGAGAAACGAAGACGAUAUGGACCGACAAGAACACCACUCGCAAUGCCAAUAUGUGGGCUCCAGAAAUCCACCGCAUUGAUAACGUGUGGCAUAUGUUCUACUCAAGCUGCGACUCAUCUCUUCCCUGUUGCGAUAGCUGCCACACUCGCGUUCUUAGAGGAUGCAAUAAGGCAACCCCAUUCGACUGCACCUACACGCACUUGGCAGAUUUAGUCCCUCCCACUGGCUCACAAGGUGGUCCCAAGUCGGAUUUUGCCUUCAGCAUUGACGGGACAUAUCUUGAGAUCCCAGGAAAGGGAAGGUAUCAUGUGUUGAGCAUUAUUAACAAGGACGAGCUACAGUCUAUCGCUAUUACAAAACUCGAUACAACGAAAUGGACCGUUGAUGGUUGGCAUGUUAUUUCUGUUCCUGAGCAGCCCUGGGAGAAAAACACAACCAACUCGAAUCCGAACAGUAUUACCGCUGUCAACGAGGCGCCUCAUCCUCUCUAUCACAAUGGACAAAUCUGGCUCUCUUACUCAGCUUCAUACUGCGGAACGCCCAACUAUUCGCUCGGGUUACUGCACUACAACGGUGGCGAUCCAUUACAGGCUUCAUCAUGGGAUAAGAAAGGUCCUGUAUUCUCGCAAGCCAAUGGCAACUAUGGAACCGGUCAUAACUGUUUCUUUACGUCUCCGGAUGGACACGAAACCUGGAAUGCUUUUCAUGCCACGAGCAACCCCAAGGGAUCCUGCGGUACCGACAGAUUCACUCUCGCACAGAAAGUAACAUUCACAUCGAAUAACUCGCCGCAGUUUGGCAUCCCGCAGCCGUUGUCUGCUGUCUUGCAACCGCCGAGUGGAGAGUAA